AUGGCUUGUCCUCCGCACCCGUCGCCCGAAGCAGCUCUGCCGCCGUCCCUGCUGCUGCUGCCCCCGCCGCACCUGCCUCUCGACCCCGACCGCGCGCGAAGCCGCCCCGUCCAGCGCGCCACGCCGCCCAGCCAGGAGUCGCGCGAGCGACGCCGCCGGCAGAACCGCGAGUCGCAGCAGCGCCGAAGACAGCGGCAGAAACGCGCGCCGCCUGGCCUGCCCGACGCCGCCCUGCUGCAGGGCCUCGUGGGCGCGCCGCCGGCCGGGCUGCCGUCGCCCCCGUACCCCGAGUGCUUGCUCCCGCCGGCGGUGGCGUGCCUCGUCGACGCGCCGGCGCCCCCGUGGCAGCUGAGCCUGGACUUUGCGCCCGCCGGGCUGGUUUCCGCGCCGGCGGCGCUGCCGUACCGCAGCUGCUCGCCGCCGCGGCUGGUCGGGCCGAUUGCCCAGGACGCCGUGCAGCCGCCGUGCCAGGCGGAGCGGUCGAUCAAGGACGUGCAGGUGCUGUACAGGCUGGGCGUCAAGGCGGGCUUUCUAAGGGAGAAUCACCAGGUGUGCAGGUACCUGGCCGCGAUGAGGCGCACGUACGGCAGGAUGCCGCGCCUGGCGGACGACGACGCCGACGGCUCUAGCCACGACUCGGGCCGCGACUCGGAGUGA